AUGUUUCAGGAUAUUCCUGCAUCAAGCAAGAUUUUGGAAGGGUUUCGUAAGCUAACAACUUCAGGAUUUUGUCCACUAACUCCAGAAAUGCAAGCAAGUAUUGAUGCUGCUGAUAAACCAAAUAAAGGAGGCGAGGGAUCUAAGAAAGGUGAAAAGAGGACUGCUGUGAAAGAAGGUCCAUCAGGUGCUACAAAACCUUCUCCUAAAAAGCGAAAGGCACCAGAAGCAUCUUCUACUUCUACUCCAAAAAGAAGAAAACAACCUGCUCACAAACGAAAAACAGCUACACCAUCAGCAAGUGAAGGGUCAAAUUCUGAGACUGAAUCAAAUGUCCGUAUUGAAGAAAAUCAAUCAGUUUGUAAUGAGGAGGAAGAGACUUUUUGGCACCUUAAAGCGAUUCAUGAAAAACUUGAGCAACUGCAUCUUGCCUCCAAGGCUUACUCCUCUACCGCCUAUUCAAAAGCAACAGUUGCGUCAUUGUUUGAGCGCAUAAUGAAAGAACAUGAUGCGAAUGUUGCAAAGAUAAACGUAUCAGUAUCAAAGUCUGCUGAUGUUUGCAAGUCUACAACCAAAAAAGUCGAUAAACUAAUUGCUGAAACAACAAACUUCAUGGAAAAUUACAUAACAACCUACAACAAUAACACCACAUCCGUGAGUGAAGCCUUUCAGAACUUGGCUGCCAUGUUCAAAACUGAGAAGGGUGUUUCUCCUCAAUCGUCUGAUCUGAAACAAGGGGGAGAAAGUGUAUCCAAUGUUAAAGCUUGCAAAGUCCAUGUCAAGCCUAUUAUCAAGAAAGAACCUAAGGGCAAGGAAAAGUUGAUCGAAGACGAGACCAUAAUUGAUGAUGAUGAAGACGAAGGGCCUGAUGAAGCUGAACUUAAAAGGCAGAAGCCUUGUGAUAUUGAAUUGAAUGAAACGCAACGAAUCGUCAAGGAAGCUAAGGAAAAAGAAAGGGCAGAUAAGGAAGCUCAUGUUGGAUUAAUGUCUAAGUCCAUAACUAUAUUUGUAUUGAUCAAGACUUAA